CUGUACCUGCUGAGUUGCUCCUAAAUGGCUCGCUAUACUCCGGCCGGUGAUGGCGUGCUUAUCGUCGUUCAAUGAUUUAUCUAUCGGCCUCGAGGGCGUUCAGCAGACCAUCCUCGUUUACCUUGGUCUGCUAUGUCUACGCCAGAAACAUCUCUCUUCGUUCCUCUUGAGCUACCGGACGCCAGAAAUUUCCAUGGAAAAACCUUUCCGAUCGCAUUCCAUCGUCCGGAAGGAAGUUGUCAGCUGUCUGUGGAAGAGGGUGUCGAAUAUAUUCGCAAAAUUUCUGGUUCAGGCGAAUUGACACGGCUAUUACAAGACCACGGUGCUGUCGUAUUUCGCGGAUUUGGACAUGCAUCAGCAGACACGUUCUCAAAGCUUAUUAUCGCAGCCGAGGAAGCCCGAGGAAACAAACCGUUUGAACAGAUCGGGCUUGCUGGAAAGCGACUCACCAAGGCACCAGAAGUAUUCAGUGCGAACGAAGGUCCUCGCACUCGCCGAUUCUACCAACACAAUGAGUACGCUCGGUACACCCAUUUCCCCGGCUUCAUUCAUUUCUAUGCCACGGUUACCGCCGACGAAGGUGGGGAAUCACCCAUUGCCAACAGUCUUGAGAUAUAUGAACGGGUCAAAGAAGAACUGCCAGAAUUUGUCCAAGAACUUGCGAAGCGUGGACUGACCAUGCGCCAAGUUUAUCCUCCCGCCGGACACAAUCGAGGAAACGGAAAUUAUUUCGACUGGACCCAAGAGUACUGCUUUGGACAGAAGAUAUUGCCCGGGGACGAUGAACCGACGCGACGACGCAAAGCAGAAGAGCAGGCACGCAGGCUCACCCCUCGUUUCAAAUGGCUGGAUGACAGCUCUCUAGAAGUCAUUCAAGACGUUCCAGCGUUCCGCCGGAUAAAUCCCGGUGGCAUACCGACUUGGUUCAAUGGUCUUGCUGGUCAGCGGGGGUCUGCUAUCGACCAAAAAGCCAUCGAACCCCCCUUCAUUGGGACUGACGGGUUGCAUUAUCUCCGGCCCGGAUAUGGCGACGGGACUCCGAUCCCUGAGAAAUGGCUUGAUCGUGUCGUUGAGAUCACCCGGGAGCUCGAGUACGUGCAUACAUGGGAAGCUGGCGACUUGAUAUUUGUCAAUAACCAUCGUACAACUCAUGGACGUGCGCCGUGGGUGGGAGAGAGAGUAGUUCUUGUGAGCAUGUGGGAUGCCUUGCCGGGAACGCUCUCAGAAUACUAGGCGCUACACCAGGAGAAGAUAGUGGCGCUCUACCAGACAGACAAGACAAGAAAGGCUGAUAUCGUAAAUUCAAACUUAAGUAGUACAACUUGUUACGAAACAUUUCAGUACGAGCCUCCGGAUAUCUGUG